AUGUCUGUCUAUCUUCUGUACGAGGUUGGUGAUGCUCUUUUAUCUGUAGAGAGCAAGAGCAAGAGGGUGUCGCUGAGGAAGAAAUAUAAGAUUAUCAGAAAGGUGAAAGAGCACCACAAGAAGAAAGCGAAGGAGGCCAAGAAGCUCGGAUUGAAUAAAAAGCCUAAGGUCGAGAAGGACCCCGGCAUUCCCAAUGAUUGGCCUUUCAAGGAACAAGAGCUCAGGGCACUUGAGGCUCGGCGCGCUCGUGCAAUCGAGGAGUUGGAGGCAAAGAAAGCUGCCCGCAAGGAGAGGGCAAAAAAGAGGAAGUUGGGUUUGCUGGAGGAUGAUGAUAUCUCCAAAUUGGCUGAUAUAGCUGCAACAAAGGAGCAGAAUUUUGUAGAGGGAAAGGAUGCUGACGAAUCCGCUGCAGUUGGUAAAAUCAGGGAUAACUCAGAGAGGUCUUUCUUCAAGGAGUUGGUCAAAGUAAUUGAAGCAUCAGAUGUUAUUUUGGAAGUGUUAGAUGCUCGAGAUCCGCUUGGUACCCGUUGCAUGGACAUGGAAAGGAUGGUGAUGAAAUCAGGUCCUGAGAAGCAUAUUGUAUUGCUUCUUAAUAAAAUAGAUCUAGUACCCCGAGAAGCUGUUGAAAAAUGGCUGAAGUAUCUCAGGGAGGAGUUGCCAGCAGUUGCCUUCAAGUGCAGUACCCAGGAGCAAAGGUCAAACUUGGGUUGGAAGUCUGCUUCUAAGGCUGCAAAAUCAAGUGAUCUCCUGCAGACAAGUGAUUGUCUUGGAGCUGAUACUCUUCUUAAAUUGCUAAAAAAUUACUCAAGAAGUCAUGAGAUCAAAAAGUCAAUUACAGUGGGUGUCAUUGGCCUCCCUAAUGUUGGGAAAAGUAGCUUAAUCAACAGCUUGAAGAGAUCUCAGGUUGUAAAUGUUGGUGCUACUCCCGGAUUGACCAGAUCGUUGCAGGAAGUUCAUUUAGAUAAGAAUAUCAAAUUGUUGGACUGCCCUGGUGUUGUAAUGCUUAGGUCACAGGAGAAUGAGGCAUCUGUGGCUCUUCGAAAUUGUAAGAAGAUUGAGAAAUUAGAGGACCCAAUUGGACCAGUGAAGGAAAUUCUCAAACUUUGCCCCAAAAGAAUGUUAGUAACGCUAUAUAAGCUCCCAAGCUUUGACUCAGUUGACGACUUUCUGCAAAAGCUGGCUACCGUUAGGGGUAAGCUCAAAAAGGGUGGUGUUGUGGAUGUUGAAGCUGCUGCAAGGAUAGUUUUGCAUGACUGGAAUGAAGGUAAAAUUGCAUAUUAUACAAUGCCUCCAACAAGGAAUCAGGGAGAACCAUCAGAAGCAAAAAUUGUUUCAGAAUUUGCAAAGGAGUUCAACAUUGAUGAGGUUUACGGUAGUGAAUCUUCAUUUAUUGGGAGUCUCAAGCCUGUGGAUGAUGUAAAACAUGUUGAAGUUCCUUCAUGUGGCCCUCUUAAUUUUGACGAGCAGAUGCUUGAGAUAGAGGCUGAAACAAAGUCCCAACCCUCGAUUCAAAGCCACAAUCAGCUUAAUGAUACAACUGAUAAUAGUGCUGAUGAGAUCAUGGAUUCUGAAGAAGAUGUUGCACCCAAACCCCGGGCCAGAAGUGCCGGUAGCAGACAGAACGAAAAGUUAUAUGCCGAAGAAGGCAUGCUUAACACCAAGCUUAAGAAAGCUGAGAAGAAGAGGCGGAAAAAGGCAGAUAAACUAUCGGGGGAUGGUAUGGAUGAUGAUUAUGACUUCAAGGUGGAUUAUGCAAGGACAGAAUCUGCCAUGGAUCUUGGUGAGGAGAGUGAGAAGGUUGAUGCUAGCAGUCAAACAAGAUUUGACGUACUUACGUCUGGAGUUGAGCUCGAUGAUUAG